AUGCUUCAGACAAUUUCCGCAGCGCUAUGGAGCUUCUUUGGUCUCCGAGAAAAUCCACUUCCUGGAAUCCCAUACGCCUCUUGCUUCCCUACCCUGGGCCUGCUGUCAGAGAAAUGGUUCCAUGAUUUUUAUUCAACAUCGAUGGGGGCUCUUUUCAACGCUGCGGGGGAGGAAGGUAUAUCGUGGACUCUUAUCGGCGGUGUGCCCCUGGUAUACAUUCGAGACCCCGCCUUGAUCCGACAGGUUUUUGUUAAAAAUGCGGGAUCAAUCAGUCGGUGUGGAGCCCAAACUAGAGGUCCCUUUGGCACCGGUAAACGGAUCAUCCGAAAUGCCUUGAUUACCGCAGACGGGGAUGUCGCCCGGCAUUGGCAUGCCGAUAUGACUCGGGGAUUCAACAACAGACCUGCGAUGCAAGGUUUUCAUUCAAAGCUGAUCUCGAUUGCGACGGACCAUGUCCAACGGCUCCGAGAGGUCGGGUUGGGUAAUAACCUCCAAAGCUAUCUGCAGGAUUACGCCAUGGAUGUGGUCUGGUGUCUAGGACUCGGUUUGGAAAAUGCCUCUCAGUGUACAAGCGAAUGGCAGGAGCCGUUUGCUCAGUAUGUGCAGAUGGCAGCAAGUAUUUCGCAUCCUCUCCAUCAUUCCGUGAUGAAUCGGAUAUGUGGCCGGGGGUUUGAGGAACCGGAUUACUAUGAGAAUGAUGUUCAUGAAAGGAUUGAAAAUUGUAUCCACAAGCUUCUUGAAGCCAACUCGAACCUCCUCAACCCGGAAGCUAUGAAAUCUCUAGAGGAAAUGAACUUCCUACAGAGGAUAUCCUAUGAGACAGGUGGGAGUGCCGAAGAACCCAUCACUCCAGAUGUUCUUGCCCACGCAAGGCAAAUCUUCUCACAUGGGUUUCCCGCUCCAACGCUGCUCCUCGCCUGGUUGUUGAGGGAGCUAUCCUUAUGCCCCGAGGUGAGGCGGAAGCUCCGCGCAGAGCUCCACGAAAGUGAUUGGUAUCACCAGCGGGGGCUACAGCGCCUAUCGCAACUUCCUUACCUGAACGCGGUGGUCACUGAAGCGCUUCGCCUACACCCUCCGAUCCCCACUACCGCACGAGCCAUUGAUUGCCCCCUCAAUAUGAAAUCUCGAUCCGGCGCAAGCUUUACAAUUCCCGUGGAGGCUCGCGUGGCUGUUUCCAUUGCGAUGUUACAUCAAGAUCCUCACAUCUGGGGCGAGGAUGCCUCACGAUUUCGACCGGAGCGAUGGGAUAGUCUCUCCCCGAAUAUAUUGGAGGGUGAGUGCAAGUACUUACCGUUUCUCACGGGGCCCAGGCGAUGUCCGUGUACCGGCUUCGUCUGGCAGCAAGUGAAAGUAUUCCUAGCUGUUUUGUUGAGAGAGACGGACUUGGAGGUGACCAAUGCGUCUACAGUAGAAAAGAAAUUAGGGCCGGUAUCAGAGCCAACGGAACCUCUGACCUUUACUAUUAGCAGUUUUGCACCGUGA